AACGGCUCCGCCACUCUGCCUCGCGGCUUUCGAUUUCAUCAUGAAGAAGGUCCCAAGACUCCCGAGCCUGUAUCGGUGAAUGAGACUCGACAACCUUCCCCGCCUCGACAACGAUUCAAGGUCCGAAGACGAAAUGCCUCAAACCUACAAGCACCUACCGCACAAUUCCUUGCCUCUGUCGCUGCUGCAGACGUACCGAUCCCUACAAUCGAGAUCCCACAAAUGCACCUAGGAGAUUCAGAGAUGGUAGAUCGAGAAGAGAUCGAGACUAAUAUUCACCUACUUGGACCACAACCAUACCCAUUCCGAUUUGCUUCACCACCAAAGACCCCUCUUCCUACUCUAUCUAUGGAUGACGUUGUCUCUCGACGCCCAGAUUGGUCUAUGGGUACCCCUUCACCAGCAGCUGAGGACUACUUCCAGCGACCAACAUCUUCUCAUUCGAAUGCGUCUUCUAAUUCCGACGAUUCAUUCUACAGCGGUAGUCGAGCUUCACGACCAUCAGAAGAUGGCAGUUGUACGAGUCCGGAAUCGGAGGCUGGUGAUCCUUUCCAAUUCCCCAUCUCGAAGGGUAAAGGAAAGGCUAUGUCAUAUGAACCAGUUGAGCAAGAGCCAUUUGAGCAACGCCUCCCUCUUAACACCAAUCUUCGCAGCAAGACUCGAAAGAAUGCGAUCUGGACACAAGCUCAAAGUGCUCAUCUCUGGGCAACUUACAAUGUCUACCUCCAAGACCCCACUGUUACUCCGUUCAGAAUCGGUGCCAGCUCAAUCCCACCAGAGGGAGUCUGCCACAGAGUAGCCAGAGAGGCUAAGAGAAGCUGGAAGGGUCCAAAAUCGACUGCUCCCAAGGUUCUUACCAGAGUUGAUUCAAGUUCAUCACGUGAGUCAGAGAAGAGUGGAAGCGCAACUCCAACUGGUGAAGCUCCGAAGGUGUAUGCACAAUGGCCUCAUGCUAGUUCUGCAUCCCGAAACCGCCUAAGAGAGAUGUGCAAGUCGAAUAGCACCAAUGUCUCUAGACAUCGUCACUUGCAAUCUCGCAGUCCAACCCCAUUCACCAAGCUGAACCGACUUCAAACUCCUGAGCCUCCACGAAAACCCGUGAGUGCAUUCAAUACCAAGGACAUUGCUCUAUCUCUCACUACGAGUACUGCUGAGAGCAUGCAACCCGAUGGACCACUUGCAAAGCUGGGUGGAGACCUCUUGGUUACUCCAACCCCAGCAACAUUCUCUUCUCUUGGAGAACCUUUGAGCGUCCCCAAGUCUCACAGCCUGGGUAACGGUAUCAACCUGGAGAGAGGUCCUCGACGUCUUGGUUCGCCUUUCGUCGCUCGUACCUAUGGACCCAGCUCCUCACGAAGUCUCCAUCCUUACGAUAGUCGACCAUCUCCACCUCGAACUCAAUCGGACAUUCAGCCACUUCGCUCACCUGUUCGCUUUGAUCACAACCACAACACGCGCUCCCUGAACAAUACUCAGAAGCGACGUGCUGCACACGAUCUGGAGGAAGAGUUGAGUCCUAAUGGAGCAAUCGUUCGACCAAGCAUCCUCAACGAGCAACUCUUCGGUACUCCUUUCGCUCAACGACGAGUUCGAAGCCGUGGUUUCAGUCUUGGAGAUGAGGCUUUACGUCAUCGUGCUCCUGGAAUCUUCCAACCUUCACCCAUCGUAGAGCUGGUCGUCCCACCAAAGAUCCAGUCACCCGUACCUCAACCUGCCUCUUCCGCAGCUCCUCAACUUCUCCCUGCAGCCAAUCUCGCCCCACCUCGUCUUGGUUCGCCAUUCUCAGCCUCGGGUCCUAGUCAUACCUUCCCACGACGACUAACCUCAGAUGGAUCCUCUACAGUCCGCCGCUCUCAAUUCGCAACGAUGCACCAAACCCGUCGAUCCAUCGAAUCCUUCGACUUUGGCGAAGGUCCCAGUCUUCAGAGCCGUCUCGAACAACUCGACCAAAAACUCCAACAAAUCCGUGAACGAGAAGCCGCAUCUCGACGUCAA